AUGUACAAGGAAGAUUUCAGAAGCAUGAUUGAAGAGAAUAGGAACAGCAGUGACUCCUCCUCUGCCUUCACUCACACCAACACCAUGAGUGCCAUACUGAUUACUGCCUACUCAGUUGCCUUUGCUGGAGGUGGGAUCGGGUCCAUCACAAUGUCAUUUGUGCUGGUCAAGAUGAACACUCUGUCAGUGACCACUACAGCCAUCAUUAACCUGGUCGUUGUGCACGGCCUCCUCGUCUUAACGGUGCCCUUCCGCCUGCACUACUAUGUCAACAAGAAGUGGGUAUUCAAGAUGCCAUUUUGCAAAAUGGUGAGUGCAAUGGUGCACAUCCACAUGUACCUGACGUUCCUAUUCUACGUGAUCACGCUGGUGAUCCGGUGGCUCAUCUUCUUUCAAUGGAAGGACAAGGUGGAGUUUUACAGGAAGCUGCACGCCAUUGCAGCAAGCGCUGCUGUGUGGGUCUUCGUCAUGGUCUUUGUGGUGCCAGUCUUGUCCUUCGAGUAUGGACGCUCAGGCUCAUACAAUGAUACGACAUGCUUUAAAUUCCACAAAGAACUACGGCAGGAGAGCGUGAAAGCCCUGAACUACACCAUAAUUGUAGCUGUCACCUGCAUUACUUGUGUCCUCUUGGGCCUGCAGAUUUUCAUCCUGGUAAAAGUGUCGAGAAAACUUUCCACAUCCUUCUGGUCACACCAAGAGUUCUGGGCCCAGGUGAAAAACUUGAUUUUCAUCUGUGUCAUUAUAAUUUGCUUCCUUCCCUAUCACCUCUUUAGGGCCUACUACAUACAGCAUGUGGGUGAUUUUGACCAGUUAGAAAGCUACAAUGAAGUUUUUUUGAGUCUGACUGCCCUCAGCUGUCUGGACCUGCUGUCGUUCGUGCUGAGCGGAAGCCGCUUCUUCAAGCAAAAGGUGGGCAUGCUCCGCAACAGGUUGUCUUGCUGCUAG